AUGGCUGAUCCCGGAGCAGAAGAACACGCGUCCCAGGUUAGCGAACUCUGCUGCGAAUGUGGUCAGUUCCACCUCUUGCUGGACAAUCAUCUCUACAACUUCCAGGAUGAGGUGGAUGAUGAACUUGUCUGCCACAUCUGCCUCCAGCCUCUGCUCCAACCUAUGGACACUCCCUGUGGACACACAUACUGUUUCAAGUGCCUUGAAAACUUCAUGCAGGAGUAUAACUUCUGUCCUAUGUAUCGGAAGAAGCUCUCUUUCCAGCAGUGCCACAAGUCCAGCCUUCUCGUACGAAACCUGUUGGAUAAGCUGAUUGUCUUCUGUCCUUUCAAGGCAGAGUGUCAGCAGACGAUGCAGCGCUGUGAACUAGAAGCUCAUCUGCAGAACAGGUGUCCUGGUUUCAAGAAAUACAAAUCUGAACUACAGCGGAAAAAGAAUCCCAUUUCCAAAGGGAAGGAAGAUCCCCCCGCCAAGGUGGAGACAAACACGCCCAAGGAUCCGGAGGCACCAAGUGGAGGAUCAUCACUUGUGGCAGAAAGCUCUGCAGCUGCUGUGGUAGCGCUAGGGACUGCAGAGCCUGGACUGGUUAAUCCAGCUUUUGAGGAGACUGAAGAAGACCUUCCUCAGAGAACUAGUCUCGUGGCUGAAACGACCACAAUUGAAAUUCACCGAGAAGACACAGAGGAAGAGCUGGGGAUGAGGAUAGUUGGGGGUAAAGACACCCCGCUAGGAAACAUUGUUGUUCAGGAAGUCUUGCGGGAUUCUGUCAUUGCUGCAGAUGGAAGGAUAGCACCUGGGGACCAUAUUCUUGAGGUGAAUGGCGUCAACAUCAGCAGCGUGACUCACUGCCAAGCUGUCUCCUUCCUGCGCCACCCAGGUCCUGUUCUCCACCUCAUGGUCCUGCAGGAGAAGGGCUUUUCCAAUAAGACUGUACAGCAGGAUUCCACUUCUGCUACCAAUCGGGAAGUCAUCCACGUUACCUUGAUAAAGAGAGACCGAUCCGAACCUUUGGGAAUCAAACUGAUCAGGAAGACCGAUGAGGCAGGGAUUUUUAUUCUAGAUCUGUUAGAGGGAGGUUUGGCAGCCAAAAAUGGAAAGCUGAGUCGGAAUGACAGAGUCCUGUCAAUAAAUGGCCAGGAUUUGAGGCAAGGAACACCCGAGGCUGCUGCGCAGAUUAUCCAGACCACUGAAUCAAGAGUGAACUUUGUCGUCCUGAGGCAGCCAGGCGUGCAGCUAUUGGACCCGGUAGAAGACAGCAGCACAUCAAACAGCAGCAGCAGCAGCAGCAACGGGGGAAGCCCAGUGCACCAUCGGAGACGACUGGAACCGAAUCACUAUAGGCGAAAAUCUAGCUACCAGAAGGAUUUACCUCAGGGAUACGUAAGUCAUGAAAAGACAGUUGCAAUAAAAAAGGAACCAAAGGAAUCUUUAGGAAUAACAAUAGGAGGUGGAAGGGAUAACAAAAACAAGCUCCCUAUAUAUGUAACGAGUGUGCAGCCCAUCGGAUGCCUUUUCAGGGAUGGCAGAAUCAAGCGAGGAGAUGUACUUUUGAGCAUAAAUGGCAUUGAUUUGACUCACCUGAACUACUAUGAAGCGGUCUCAGCGCUGAAGUCCAACGCAGCUUCUCACUCGGUCGUACUGAAAGCCCUUGAAAUCCUUGCAGUGAACUCGACAGAGCCAUCUCUGGACAUCAAGGAGCAGGGAUUCAGCUGGUCUCCCCUCUGGAUCACAUGGCUGGGAUUGCCUAGCUACCUUCACUGCUGUCAAGAUAUUGUCCUUAGUAAAGGCAACCUGGAAAGCUGGGGCUUCAGCAUUGUUGGAGGGUUUGAGGAAAACAAAGGAAAUCAGCCAUUCUUCAUCAAAACCAUCGUGCCUGGGACUCCCGCCUUCCGCGACAGGAAACUGAAGUGUGGAGAUGAAAUAGUGGCAGUAAACGGAGUGCCGGCAGUAGGAAUGAGCAACUCGGAACUGAUCCCAAUGCUGAAGGAGCAGAGGAACAGAGUCACGCUUACUGUGGUGUCCUGGCCAGGAAGCCUCGUGUGA